CUUUGUUGGAACUUGUCGACCGAAGCUAUGAGUCAGACAAAGACAAUACAUAAACUCUCAAAGCUCACGCACCUCUCAGGAUCCUCCAGCGCCCCGACUACAUCGCUUCAUUCGCUCCUGUUUCUGCUGCAGUAGAUCAUACCUACACAAAUGACCUGAAAGCUCACGCUGGAUGGACAACCUAACGACGGUCAAGUCGUUCAGUUCAGGAGGAGGGGCUGGAGGAAGCAGCAAAGUGGUCACAAAAUCAGUAACGACUACUAGGCUGACAUCACAGAGUGAUGUUUCUCUGAGUGCGAGUGGCUCAGGAGGAAGAUCUGCCUCAGGAGGCUCCACCAGCACAAGUAGCUCAGUUCUGAUCACAUCCAGCAGCUCCGGUGGCUCAGGAGCCAGCAAAGACGUCACCGCUGUAGGGGCUUUCUCUGCUGCAGGUGGAGGGAGUCUGGCGUCGGGGGCAGGGGAAGGGGUCAGGGCUGGUAGAGGGGGGUCCUCUACCACGUCUUAUUGCUCUUCAGGUAGUGGCAGAGAGCGGAAAACGGAAGGGGGCCUCGGAGCCGUGACGGUUUCCACAGUGUCCAAGACCAGCUACAGUUCAGGAGGAUCCAGAGAAGCCAAGAAGGGGUCGUCAUCCUCUGCCAACGCGUACUCACCUGCUCCAAAGGAGAGGAAAAGCGUGACCACCAUGGCAGCAGCUCUGUCAGAUGUCUUUGACGACAGCUCAAGUACAAACUCCUCUCCUGAGUUCAACAGAAAGGAGUACGGUACAAGUUUUGCCACUAGAGGGAGAAGUCAGAGCCGAGAGAGUGAAAUCAGAGCCAGACUUCAGAGUGCUUCACCUCCUGCAAGCUGGACGGAGCUGGACGACGUGAAGCGCCUCCUGAGAGGAAACCACUCCACCAGCACCAGUCCCGCUCAGUCCCCCAACAACACGCUGCCCAUCCCCAGAAAGGCCAGUGUGGAAACUAGGGCCAUGUCUGAGAGCUCCAGCACAGAGCAGUAUGGCAGCAUUUGGAGUGGAGGUGUCCCCAGUGGAUACAGUUACAACACCCACCACAGCAACCUGUCCCCUACCUCCACCCUUUACCAGUCAGGUUCUGGAGUCCAGAACAACCUGACACCCAGCUCUCCCUCUGCAAUCACUGGACUAUCUGCCAGCAGCUCUGUGUAUGGUGUGCAAAAUAACCUGGUCACUACCAGCCCCACUGUCCUCUCUCCCUCUGGAGCCAACACACACAUAGUUUAUGGUGUGCAAAAAAAUGUCUCAACCACAGUGAGACCCAGCAGUCCCAUCAGUGACGAGGCCUCAGGAAAAGACUUUAAGUUCGUGCUGAUCGAGAAGGAGAACAUUCCUUUGAAGAAGGAGACGGAGCGGCUGGUCAUGGCCAAAGACACCGGGAAGCAGUUCAUGUCUGCUCCUGCAACUUCUAGUACUUUUGCUGCCUACCCUGACGACUCACUGAAGAGAGAGAAACAGAAACUCUCAUCCAGCUCAGUGGAGGAAGGAACUGAUCCCAAAUCGUCUACCCUGAAGAUUCCCACAAAAGACAAAGCCACCUAUGCAGAGAUCCGUAAAGAUGAAUCAGGUUUCGGCUUCUGCUCCUGCUGCAGCUGGUGGAAGUGGCUCCUGGGCCUCCUGCUCUCCUUGCUAUUCCUCCUCGGCCUCCUGUUUGGACUCAUUGCUUUGGGUGAAGAAGUGAAACGUCUUAAGAACCGCGUUGAAGCUUUGGAAACGGUCACCGGCACGGCGUCAGCCAGGUCCAGCCGCUUGUCAGCCUCUUCUGGCACCAACAUCAUCGACCCAUUGGACUCAGCUUAUGUUGAGAGGAGCUCCUCUGGUUCUACACUGACGCGCUCUGACAACGUGAUCAACCUGGGGGCUGCUGGGCCAGGAGGAGGCGCAGGUCUGGGUCAAGACAGCGCUGCCCUGCAAAGAGCCGUUGAGCAGAUGGUCAGGGCCGAACUCCGUUCAAGUUCUGUAAGAGAAAGUCUGGCAUACUCACUGAAAGGGGAGAGAGGAGAGCCAGGACCUAAAGGUGAUCAAGGAGCAUUGGGACAAAAAGGUGACAGCGGUUUUCCUGGCCUGCCCGGUCCUCCAGGACAGACAGGGCACCCCGGAUUAGAUGGACCAAGAGGACCAAAGGGAAGCGCAGGUGAACAAGGCCCAGAGGGACCACCAGGCCAGAGGGGCCGGGAUGGAUUGAUGGGCCCCCGAGGAGAAGCUGGACCUGCUGGUUUUGGAGAGAAAGGAGAUAAAGGAUCUCAAGGUGAACCUGGACGUCCUGGUCUGGUUGGUGCUAUUGGACCUGUGGGUCCAAAAGGUCCCAUGGGAGAGCAGGGUGCUCCAGGAAGUCCUGGUGCUCCUGGUAUCAAGGGUUUCCAGGGUGAAGGUGGAGCUCCAGGAGGCAAAGGUGACCGAGGAACACCAGGGCUGCCAGGAAUCAAAGGAGAUCUUGGAGAGAGGGGGCCACGUGGACCAGCAGGUGAACCAGGACAACCUGGAUUACAAGGCCCUGCUGGACCAAAGGGAUCUAAGGGAAUUGCAGGUGACGCAGGUUCAAUGGGACUUCCUGGUGUGAGAGGACCACCUGGACUUUCUGGAGAUGUUGGUCCUGCAGGCCCUCCAGGGUCACAGGGACCCCCAGGUAUUGCAGGAAUCCCAGGAGUACCUGGUAGUAAAGGAGAACCAGGGUCACCUGGUAAAGUCAUCGCUCCAGUUGGCUCUGAUACUGUAGCCAUCCCUGGUCCCCCGGGGCCAGCUGGACCUCCAGGUCCUGCUGGAACCCCCGGUCUAUCUGGUCCCAUUGGUCCUGCUGGUGUCCCAGGUCAACCAGGUCCCAAGGGAGAUCGAGGAGACAAAGGAGAAAAAGGAGAAAGAGGAGAAAAGGGAGAAAAGGGAGAAGUUGGGGAGAAAGGGGGUCAAGGAAGACGUAGUGAUGUCGGUGGCAGUGGAAUCGACAUGGUUGGACGUCCUGGCCCACCAGGACCUCCAGGGCUUCCUGGAGCGCCUGGUCCCGAAGGUCCUCCUGGUGAGACAAAGCAGGGUCCACCAGGACGCAGAGGUCCUCCAGGAGAGCCAGGGGUUGGUAAACCUGGACCUCCAGGAGAGAAAGGCGAACCUGGCAGCUUUGUGCCUACAUCAGAAACCUUCUUUGCUGGACCACCAGGACCUCCAGGACUUCCAGGCCCACCAGGUUUUACAGGUGACCAGGGACCACGGGGGUACCAAGGUGAACCGGGACAACCAGGUCUUCCAGGAAGUCCAGGAGAACCAGGAGUUGGAAUCCCAGGACCUAGGGGACCUCCAGGGCCACAAGGACCAAAAGGUGAUGCAGGAUUUGCCACAGGUAGAUCAUUUAGUCCUGGCCCCCCGGGCCCUCCUGGACAACCUGGUCCACCUGGAAGAGAUGGUAGUGCAUCUGGAUCGGUUGAUGUGGGCCAGUACAUUGCAGAGUAUCUUCAGAGGGGUGGCGCCAGGGAGUACCUAGCGGGACCUCCUGGCCCUCCAGGUCCUCCUGGGGCACCGGGCACUGCUGAGCCUGCAGGAGACAGACUCGUGGAUGAUGUUGCCAACAGAGUCAUUGCCUACAUUCAAAGUACGGGUAGAGGAAACAAUGGAUCUCCUGGGCCUCCAGGUCCUCCAGGUGCACCAGGCACCCCUGGGCCUGCAGGUGAUGGGCUUGUAGAUGACGUUGCCAGCCGAGUCAUUUCCUACAUUCAGAGCUCAGGCAGGGGACAUGAUCGGACUCCUGGUCCCCCUGGACCUCCAGGUCCACCAGGCUCCGUCUCUGUCAAUGACAUCAUCAACCUAUUACAACGAGAAGAUGUGAGAAGAUACGUUGCUGGUCCCCCUGGCCCACCAGGACCCCCUGGAGAUCCAGGUCUUGGCAGCUACAACUUCAACACCCAGGAUGUGGCUGAACGUGUCCUCAGUCUUAUGAACGAGAGGGGGGGAGUAGUUGCUCCUGGCCCUCCUGGACCUGCUGGACCUCCUGGACCUCCUGGGCCAGCUGGUCUUCCUGGAAACUCAUUAUCAAGUGCACGUUCCACUUUGGUGGGCCCUCAGGGGCCUCCUGGUAACCCUGGUCCACCUGGUCAGCCUGGACCAGCAGGACCACCUGGACCACCAGGAUUUGGGAACCACAUCAGCUCUGAUAUGCGUGACUACCUCCAAAGUGUAGCCUUCAGAGGCCUUCCAGGCCCCCCUGGUCCCCCUGGCCCAGAAGGCCCUCCUGGUCCAAUCGGCAGACUGGUUUCCUUCACUGAUCAUCAAAACAGAGAGACACACAAAGCUGAACGACAAGAAUACAUCAAGACUGAAGGUUUUAGUGGAUCUAUGUUUGGAGUUCCUGGUCUGCCUGGACCUCCUGGACCACCAGGACACAAGGGAGAGCCAGGUACCCCUGGGUCCAGAGAGUGGAGCCUGGAAUCUGGUGACUACGCGAAUAUGGCUCUCAAAGUUACUGAUUACAUCAAAUCCCACGGUCUGCUCCGUGAUGUUGUAAGAGACUCUGAACAUGUUGUUCGAGGACCUCCAGGACCUCCGGGCCUUCCAGGAACACCUGGACAGAGCCGAUGGGUUAGUUCUCGCGAAAAUCUCGCGGAUGUGGUGGAAUACAUCAAAUCCCGUGGUGUACUGGAUGACAUUAUGAGGGACUACAACAGUCGUGCUUUCCAAGGGCCUCCAGGACCACCUGGGCCACCAGGUCCCCAAGGAUACAACAGUGGUUAUAGUCCAUUUGGAAACACCACAGAACUGAUUGAAUACAUCAAAUCUCGCCUUCGGGAUAUUGAACGGAACUUCAACGCGCGUGUCAUCAAGGGACCCCAGGGACCCCCUGGUCCACCAGGUCCACCCGGAUACAGCCGACUGUUUGGUUCCCACACCAACAUGACUGAUUUAGUGGAAUACUUCAAAACACAUGGAGCCAUUGUAGGACCACCCGGAAGACCAGGACAGAAAGGGGAAAUGGGAAUCCCGGGACCAAAAGGAGAGAGAGGUGAACGAGGCUACCCUGGACCCGAAGGACACAGAGGACCAAAAGGGGACAGAGGAGAAUUCUCACGGACGAGAAAAAGAAGAGAUGCUGGUGUUUGACAGUGAAAUCCUGUUCCACGUGGAUUCCCUGGUGUGUUGUAAAUGAACUGAAGUCUGAUGUUGUGUAAUAGUAUUUUUGUAUUUGUGAGCAUUAUCCAGAAAAUAUUAAGAAAUCAGGGAUCGUGUUUGGAAUCGAAUCGUCCUGUGUGAUACAUUGUAAUGUGGGGGACUUGGUGCAGUAAUGUUUUUUUCUGUUUGUGGGUGUUUUUUUUUUUUAAUCAAACUCAGUAUUUGUAUGUUUCGUUUUUUUGUCAAAUGGUAUCAAUUCAAGAACUUAACAGCUGGAGUAGAGAGUAAACAAGUUUAUUUACAACAGAAUCAAGAAGAGUCAACAUUACAGUCUUUCUAAAAACUAUACAUGUACUUUUUUUUUGUUUUUAGAAAAAUGCAUAAUGAUUUAGUUUUUAUUUUUGUAGAAUUAAUGAGCAACUGAUUUGCAAUCAGAGGAGUGAAUAAUUGGGAGAGAAGCUUACAUAUAAAUAGCUACCGUUUUGUAAAAGGUGCACAGCACGCCUUCAUUGAUAUUUUUGUACAUAACUCAACUCAGUUAUAAAAUACCUUUGACCAACUGCAACUCAAAGUUGCCAAUCAUUAAAAAAAAAAAAAAAUGAGAUGAUAAAAAUGAACCAAUCAGAGGUUAAGAUGACCCAAACCAGUCAGGUCCAUUUUUUUUUCUUUUUUUGUUUUUGCAUCAUUCAUAAUAAAUCGACCUGAAAUUAAAAGAAAAACCUAAGAGCGCA